AUGGUCAGCGCGAGCCACCUGGCGACCGUCAAGUGGCUCGGAGAGUUGCGGGUGCCGUUUCGGACGUUUCUGACGGACCUCGAUCAACUGGACGUCCGCGGUUACGCGCUGGAGAGCGACCUGCGCCCGGUGUGGUUCAUCGAGCGAGAGGCCGUCACCUUCAGCAACAACUACGGGUUCCACGAGAGCUGCUUCGCCGAGUUCUUUCAAGACGUGGCGCAACCCGGCCCAGGGUGCAAAAGAGUUCUCGCUCUCAUAGCCACAUCCCCCCGGGUAUGGACCAACGGGAUGACGCUGUUCAAACAAGCCGCGGAAGCCGUCACGCGGUACGUACCGCACGGGAUCGCUGUGGUGGUCUGCGGGAGGGGAAUCUUCGUAACUAGAGCGGCGCUGGAACCAGACCCGGAAAACCUUGGGUGCUCCGCAGACGGCUGCCCCAAGGGCUUCCAGCGGCUCUUCCAUCGGCCGGACGCGAGCGACUGGCGCAUCGGGAGAGAGGUCAUGAUGCGUCAGGUAAAUGACGUCAUCCAGAAGCUCGACUGUGAGUACGGGCUGAGCAUUCCAUUCAUGGUGUUUGGGUACAACCUUACCGGGCGCAGCGUCAGCCUGCGGGCCCUCCUCCGCGUGCUGACGCACCUCGCGAUCGCGUUCCAGAAGGGCCGCCACACCGCCGACCUGCGCCACACGUUCAUGCGGGGCGCCGGGAAAACGCGCGCGGUGCGCGAGAGCAACGGGUUCGUGGGGGGGGUGCGUAUCUUGUGCGUCAAGGAAGACUACGAAGUCGUGAAGGAGCUGUUUCACUUCACGGCGGAGGUUCUGAGGAUGACGGCGGUGGGGCCGGGCCAGCGGCCUGACGUCAGCUGGCUGCAAUACCGGCAGUACGCGCCGCGGUAUAAGGAGGUCUUGGAGACGCAGCGCCCGCACGCGCGCAGGUCGCUGGGCUUGGACCUGUCGGAGGCUGGCGUCACGAGCGGAAAGCGCGCGGGGAAGAGCUUGGAGGCUCCGCGGCUGACGGUCUUGCGGGCGAUCUGGGAGCUGGUCGACCGGGCCGAUCCGACUUCGUGCGUUCGGAGGACCGACGUGCAAGCAAAGCUGGGAGGAGAGCUGGAUUUGGAUGAGUGGAAAGGCCAAGUGCCGAAGGAGCUGAGGAAGAUGGGCUUCCUGGUCUUCAACAGAACCGCGGGUGGAGCAUGGAGCGGGCUGUGGAACUUGACACCUGCGGGGCGGGCUUUCUGUGAGGAACAGUUCGGCAGCACGUCCAGCUAG